AUGUCACUGUUAGAAUACUCGGGCAAUCUUUACAAACGACCACAACACCAAAGCCUCCAUCACUGCAAAAAGUGCUCGUACAUCACAACAGCCUACUUUAUAAUGAAGAACCACAUGACACGCCACGACGCACCCCAAAAACCCUUCGAUUGUGCAAACAACCGCCCUGAAAUGUACCUGUGCAAAGACUGCAACUUCCAAACCUCACUAACUAUCUGCCUUAAAAACCAUAUCGCAGACUGCCACACUCUCAUGCAAAAAACAGUAAAAACCCUCCCUUAUUUGGAAAACACAGUACAAAGCUAUAUUUGUAAAAAGUGUAAAUUUGAAACCCAAUUUUUACUGGAGUGGCUUAAACACGUCAGGUGUUGUGGACACAAAGAGGAACGACAGGUAGCCAACAAGAAACUGUUUAGUUGCGAGUUUUGUCCAUAUACUUCGACCCGCAGACCGACUUUGGAAAUCCACAAAACCCUGAAACAUCUAAAUGAUGAAGAAAUCAAGUGGUACAAAUGUGACCAGUGCCCCUUCAAGACAAAAACUAAAUACUAUGUAAACAAACACAAAGACCAGCAUCUCCAGAUUUGUAAAAUCUGCUUUAAAAAGUUCAAGUCAAAGGAGGAGUUGAACGACCACGUUAAAAACCUGCACUUGCAGAUGUCGUUUUUGUGCGAAAAGUGUGCUUUCUUGGCCGGUUCGGCUACGGAACUACAAAAACACGAAGAGAAAAAGCACUCGAGAUUGGAGUCUUCGUAUGAAAGAGGUACAGGGUUUCGGUGUCGGAUUUGUACCUACCAAGCCAAAGACCAAACAGAAUUGAAUUCUCAUAAAAUGAAACUACACGUGGAGAAGCGAUUCCAAUGUCAACAUUGUCCCUAUAGAAGUUACUUAAAGCAAGCCUUACACACCCACAUCAUCGCAAAACACACAAAUCCUACCAAAGUCAAGCUGAGUUUGAAUAUACACAUGCUGAGUAAACACACACGUGACGAAGACAUAAAGUGGUUUAAGUACGAACUGUGCCCUUAUAAAGGGAAACGGAAGUACGAUUUGAAGUCGCAUGUGAUGUACAGGCACGCAAAGAGCCACUCUGUUAAGUGGUUUGAGUGUGACAAGUGUUGCGCUGGGAAUGGUUUAAAAAAUUGUCUCAAGGAGAAUAAAAUUUAUCAGUGCGACGAGUGUCCGUUUAUUGCGAGGAUGAAGUCAAAUAUGAUACAACACAAAAAACAGGAACAUCAAGUUGAUGGAAUUUAG